GGAAGUCAUUCAUCAAACUGGGAAAACAAAUUAUUCUUUUUGUAGGAAUCUUCACUGAUCUGUUGUUAGACCUUGUAUUAAGCGAACCAAACCAUUCGCCCCAGACCAUCUAGCUGCCCGUAUAACUAGCUGGAACCAUCACCCUGCAUAACCUCCCAAUUUCCUGGUUUUGCUACUCCACCUUCAACAGGCUGAUAAUCAACAAACAACAAAUUGAACAGGAUUUAAAAUCGCUAAUUUCCGGUUAACCAUCCUCGAUUGUUGAUUUCCCCAAUCCCAUCGGUGCUAACAACCAGGUCUUGUUCCUACCAGUCACCGCUGCAUUUCUUGUCACUCCUUCAACCCCUUUCCAAAAUCAUCACCAGAUAAUUGAUACUAAUGUCUAAUAAUAUAGAAGUAAUAACCGAACAGGUUCAUAAUGGAUACACCGACGAACUGGUGACGAUACAAUAUACACAGUCCCAAAUGGUCGGCCAUGGAUCAUUUGGAGUGGUGUUUCAAACGCAGAUUCUUCCGUCCAAUGAAAUAUUUGCUAUAAAACGAGUGUUACAGGAUAAGCGGUUCAAGAACAGAGAACUUCAAAUCAUGAAGUUGAUUCAUCACCAGAACAUCGUGGAUUUGAAGUAUUAUUUCUACAAGUCCAAUGAUAAAAAUGAGCUCUACUUGAACUUGAUCUUAGACUUUAUUCCCGAAACAUUAUACAAGGCCAGUCAUUACUACGUGUCCAAGCGACUCUCAAUGCCGUUACUUGAAAUCAAACUUUACAGUUACCAGAUGUUACGGGCUUUAAAUUUUAUCCAUGUGCAGGGGAUCUGCCACCGAGAUAUUAAACCACAAAACUUGUUGAUUAACCCCGUCACAUGUGAGUUGAAGCUCUGUGAUUUUGGAAGUGCUAAGAUCCUUAAUCCCAGCGAGCCCAAUGUCAGUUACAUUUGUUCACGGUAUUACAGGGCCCCAGAGUUGAUCUUUGGUUCCAUUAACUAUACUACACAAAUUGACGUGUGGUCAGCCGGAUGUGUGAUUGCCGAGUUGAUCUUGGGCCAACCUUUGUUCCCCGGUGAAUCGGGAAUUGACCAACUAGUGGAAAUAAUCAAGAUCCUUGGUACACCUUCCAGGGAACAAAUUAAAAGUAUGAACCCCAACUACAUGGAACACAAGUUUCCUCAAAUUAAACCCAUUCCUUUGAACAAAAUUUUCAAAAAAAUGCCUAGCGACUGCAUUCUGUUUUUAUCAAAGCUUCUUCAGUAUAAUCCCACCGAAAGGCUCACGUGUUUUGCCAGUUUGCUAGACCCAUACUUUGACGAAUUACGGCUGCAACAAACCAAACUCCCCAACUUCCGAAAGCUCUUCCCUAGCGAGCAGUUCAACAAUAACCACCAGAACGCCACCACCAACUCUACCACCACUGAUGCCGACGUGAGGGAAAUGCCUCCCUUGUUCAACUUCAAUGCCAUCGAGUUGAGUAUUAGUCCUCAGGAUAAUUCCCAGUUGGUGCCGGACUGGGUGCACGACCAGUUGCAAAUCAACUGUCCAUUAUCUGAGUUUGUGCCAUUAAACCAUGAAGUGAUGCGCAUCCGUCAAUUAUAGUUUAUGAAUACAUGAUUAUCUUUCAAAUC